AUGGAAGACGACAUUCUGCGUCUCACAAAAAAAUAUAUUGGAGAUUCACACGUUAAAAGGUGUCAGGAGAGAUCAAUUAAAAGGAAAAAGAAGCUCAUCACCGUACUAGAUCAGGGACGGCUUCCAGAUGUAGGCUUUUCUGAAGCCGAUAUCGAAUCGUUACUUCUUCAAAUAUCAUCUUUCGAUUCUAAUAACUGGGAGAAUUCUGUGGGUGUUGGAGAACGAGAAGGACGAGUAUUUGUGAACUUUAUUCGUCGUCGUCAUUAUGGGUUUACACACGGUAUUGGACGUUCUGGUGAUAUAGCUGCUAUUCAACCAAAAGCUUCUGGUUCAAGUCUUAUUUGUCGACUAACUAAUCAAUUGUUACUUGAUUGGUUAAGAAAAUCAGGAUCACCAAGUACAUCUGCAUGCUUUCUUGUUCCAAUGGCUACUGGAAUGUCGUUAACACUAUGUUUACUGGCUAUGAAAAGACGUCGUCCACGUCGAGCUAACUUUGUAUUAUGGUCACGUAUUGAUCAGAAGUCGUGUUUUAAAUGUAUGCUGGCUGCAGGAUUAAUACCUAUCCCUAUUGAAUUAGUCACAGAUACUUCAAAUGAUCAACUUUGCUCAAAUCUUGAUGCUUUAGAGAUAGCAUUAAAAAAUCCUGCUAAAUAUUUGUUAGAUCACUGGCCAGAUGCAGCACAAGCUUAUAAUGUAGAUGAUAAGUCGAUAGAAAAUUCUACAUCUGAUGAUAUUGUGUGCAUUUUUACAACUACAAAUUGUUUUGCACCUAGAGUUCCAGAUAAACUACAUGCAAUUACUAAAUUGUGCAUUAAAUAUGGUGUAUCACAUUUAAUCAAUAAUGCUUAUGGUGUACAAUCACCUAGAUGUAUGCGGAUGAUUGAAUCAGCUGGAAAAUUAAUCAUUGAACACAAUUUAAACACAUCAAAUUCAAGUAAUCAACCAGUUGAUUUGUUAUAUGUACAAAGUACUGAUAAAAAUUUAAUGGUACCAGUUGGUGGAGCUGUAAUCGGUGGAUUUUCUACUGAUUUAGUUGAUUUUGUCGCCAAACUUUAUCCCGGUCGAGCUUCAGGAUCACCAACAUUGGAUGCUUUUGCUACAUUACUUUAUCUUGGUAAUAAAGGUUGGAAUGAUUUAAUUCAACGUCAAUCUAUAUGUUUCAAACGAUUACAUAAUGGAUUAAAACAAUUAAGUGAAAAAUUUAAUUUAAAAUUAUUAGAUACUUCAUCCAAUCCUAUUUCAUUAGCAUUAAGCUUAGAAAAUCUUCUUCCUAAAACAAUUACUAUACAGAAAUUCGGGAAAAAUAACAUGAUAGAAGAUAAUCAGAAAAGAGAGAUAUUUCGUCAACUAACACAAAUUGGUGCUAAUCUAUUCACACAAGGAUGUUCAGGUGUAAGAGUUGUUCUACCGGCAUCUAUGCAAAAUUCUAUCAAAUUAGAUGUUUAUGAAUUUGAUGGAUUUAAUUCACAUAGUUCCACAUCUAUUAGACCAUAUAUUAAUGCAGCUUCAUCAAUUGGUCAAAAUGAAUAUGAAAUUGAUGUAUUUAUUAAAAAACUUGAUAAAAUUUUACAAUAUUUUCAAUAUUAUAUCAUAAAUAAUUAUAAUAUUGAUUUAAUGAAUACUGUUACUACUAUGACUACAAUAAAGGAUGAUGAUGAUGAUAAUGACAAUGAUGAGAUUGAUCAAGAUAAUGAUGUUUUGUCCAAAGAAUCAUUCAAAUUGAAUUCCCGCUUUAUCUAAUUUGAAUUCAAUAUUCAAUUGUGUAAAUACCACAUAUAUGUAUAUUGUGUUUUGUUUUUUCGCGCCCAUUUUUGUUGUUUGUUUGAAAAUGGUAUCUGUUACUUUUGUUAUUUCUAUUAGUUACCUUUGUGAUUUCCUGUUUCGAGAUUUAUUGAUUUUCUAUUUUGUUAUUUUUGUUGUUGUUGUUGAAGUUUUUCUUUUCUUUUCGUUUCUUUCUCCUUCUUCUUACUUC